AUGCGUUCCUUUCUUACGGCUCUCCUCCUGAUCCCCCUCGCCGUUUGGGCGCAGAGUCAAUCCGUCUCGGUCUCUACCUCAUUCCUCGUUACCAACGUUCUCACCGUCAGUAACGGCAAUCGCGUGUUCGCCACAAUAUCCUCCGCAAUACCGAUCACCAUCACCGCUGCUGCCGCAAGUAGUACCGGGAGCGCGACUGGGAGCGUGACGGGCAGCGCUGGGAACAGCACGGCCACUGGCUCAGCGUCGGGCAACAGUACCUCGAACGCCUCCGGCGCAUCGAGCACCGCGACCUCAUCCACCUCCACAUCGCCGUUACCCACAGCGGUAGCAUCCACCAUCAACGGGGGCGGGGAUGGCUACAAUGGCGGGGCACCAACACCGGGAGCAUCUGGCGCAAACGGCAUGUACGGUCCGGACGACGGCUACCAUGUCAGUGGCGCACUCGCUGUACACGCAGCAGCUAUGGCGUUGACAGGCCUCGCUGUCGGGGCUGGUGCAUGGCUCGUCCUGUUAUGA